AUGUGUGUACAUAGCAGGGCAACAGUGAGUAACUCUGUGACCGCUUAUUCCAAGCUACGAAAGAAUUACCUCCCCUCGCUAUUUUGAAAGAUUUUUUUUUUCAUUUUCACAAUACAAAAAAGAGCCAUUUAAUAUUAUUGGCUUGGAAGUCUGUGCCGUUGUUAUUUUGUUUUCUCUGAGUCCAGAUCUAGAUCUAGCAGAGUCUGAGUUUGGAUUCUUUCUGACACGGAAAUUUAACCUUUUAUAUUUGUUAAAACAUAUCGUGGUUUGCAUAAUGUGUAUUUCCUUUGGCGAAGAGUAAUUGGAUACUAUUGCAAAUUAUCUACUGGGGAUGUUUUCUAGCAGUGAGUACCAGAGUUUUGAUCCAUUAAAUCUAUGUAAAGUUUGCUUAGCUGGUUGGGAGAUACAGAUCUGGAUCUAUAGAAGACUGAACUCACUGCAGACGAUGAAUUAGCCUCUUGGGCAUAGAUAUAUAAAACAAGAUGGCUAUCUUCCAAAGGCAGCUGAGUACGCCCGAGCGUUCUCCCUUGAGAUCAAGAUAGUGGAUACAAUACCAGGAUGACAUUACUUCCUGUGGAUUAUUGACCUUCCAGCGAGGAUAGCUCGAGUUAUCUACCCUCAACUAGUUUUAUAGUUGUGUGGGUGUUACAUUCGAGUUUGGUGCUCUGAAACUUCAUGAACUUAUGUGGAUUUCUGAUUCGCAGGCCAACGAACCUGGAUACAUUUUUAUUCGUGGAUCUGGAUGGGCAUGUGAUGUGGAUGUUGGAUAUUUUCUGGAUUGCGUCGCGCCAGGAGAUAGGUCUUUCUGGCAUUUCGUGAACCUAAUCCACUUGGACUGACCUUGCCUUGGGCGCGUGCUGAGCACGAGAAGGAUGUAAGAUACAGGCUGCUGCACGCGCUUGAAGGAUUAGUAAGCUUCCGCAGUCUCCCAGCUCUUCAUCACUAAGGUGCUUGUGUUGAGUGCUCACGCUUUGCGCACCUCCUGCGUGUGCAGUGUGCUCACGUAGGCCAUCAAACUGGCCUGGCAAACCGUCUGCUCGUGUUUCUGUGGUGUGAACGCCCCCACCAUGGAGGGCGCCGAGUCAGCAUACGCCUUAGUGGAGGCGUUGAUGCCAGUGCUGGACGCCAACAACUUGACAGAGCUGAGAGAGGCCAUCAAGUUGACCAUCUCACGGUGUGUCCUCAACACGCAACUUAUCAAAGUGUUCCUGCGUGACCCACUGACCUCUCACCUGGUUGACGAACAUUGCCGGCCGCUGCCCAACAGUCGGUUCAUAAGUGACAUCUUACACCAGAAGGGGAAGACUGUAGUCAGUGUGAACCACAACCAGGACAGCAUCAGAGAGUUGCUGGGAAGUCAGCACAGUAAUGACAACAACCAUUCUGUGUUACUUCUGCCUAUACCAGAGAGAGGGACACACAGGAGUAUAGGUCUUAUUGUGGUGGUCUCACAAGCAGGUUCACUGUCCAGUGUUGAUCCGAAGAGAGUAGAGCUCUGUUUAAAGCAGAUUUCAGUUACUUAUGAAGUUGUGAAGAAUAAUUUGACUAAAGAGAAUGCACCACCUCAUAUAUCCAACUUACUGUCCUUGAUUCAGUUGUGUGGGGAACUUAAUGAUCCAGAUGCAGCAAAGCUGGAGAUAAAAGUUGUCCGAUAUCUUCAGCGCCAUACUGAUGCAGAAAGUGGUUUCCUGUUGCUAGUAGUACCUGAGACGCAGAUGUUGUUUUGUCAGGCUGUGGGAGACACUGUCUUACAAGAGGAAGUAAGAUUUGCAGGUCCAUCCAGUUGUUUUGCAAAAGCCCUUGAAACCAAACAGCCUAUCACUUUAGCAGAUAUACCUGUGGAACGGAGGCAUGAAGUGGAGAAAAUUAUCAGGCGGCAGAUCAACACAUUGUUGUGUGUGCCUGUCUGUGUGAGUGAUAGCAAGGAUCUGCUAGCUUUGGCCUGUGUGGUCAACAAGUCAAACAAUGAACAGUUCACUCAGCAGGACAUUGACACCAUACUCCAGUGUUUCAAGUACACAGCCACUGUACUGACCAGCACUUUAGCCUUCCAGAAUGAACGCAAGUUGAAAAAUCAAACCCAGGCUCUGUUGCUAGUCGCCAGAAAGCUGUUUACCAGAUUAGAUGCAAACUUGAGUCAAAGUUGGAAUGAGACUGCCAAUCUUAACAAGGUAAGCUCAGUCGAACCAGACUCUGGACACUCUGCUGGACUUUCAGGCUCACCUAGACUGAUCAGGUGCCAGGGGCUUGGACCCACCUCCGGUCAUUGCUCUGAACCUGGAUGCAUAGCCCAACUCAUAAAUAGCCUGCCCACCAAUCAGGCCCAAAACACUCUGAUUGUAUUGCCUCUCUCAGCUUUCAGAGGCAGUGAUCAGAGCUCUUCUGUGUGUCGCCCUGAAAGCUGUUUAGUAGAGCGUGCUCACUCAACCGUUCGACACCACAGGAGUGAUUCAGAGAGCUCCUCAGAGUAUUCCACUGCGUCUAGUUCAGCUCCUUCAUCCAACCAACCGUUGCUUAACAAUGAUCCAAAUAAGAAACCAUCAUUGGAUAUGAAAAGUGAUAAGAGUACUGAUCCAACAAUUUGUGGAGAACAUAAUGUAUCGGAUCACAGAAGCAUUGCUGAUUCUUCAACUUGUUUCUAUUUCAAGCAGAAUGAUGACUUAGCACCUGAUGUUGGUCUUAGGCUAAGGGAUCAACAUGAAGAUAUGACAAUGAAAGAACUAGAAUUCAACAGAUAUUUCUUUAACAAUCUAGAACAGUUUAAAGAGUUACUGAGUGCUGUUGACACCGAUAAUGUGAAGUAUGCAUCUCCCGAGUUCCAUGUUUCACCUGUACUCAAUACAUCUCCUUUGGCUAAUGUGUCGUCCAUGACUAGCAUGUCACCUGACAUUAUGAAAGAUUACUUUCAGUGUGAAGAUAAUGUCCAUUUACCUGAUAAACAAAUCCACAAGAUUGACAAUUACACACAAUGUGAAAGCUGCAAAUUGAAGCCAGACAUCAGGUCAAGGACAUUUCGAAAAUUUAAGUCACCUGACCAGACUUUCUUUGGACAAAAGCAAGGUGUGAAGUCUGCGUUGCAGUCUAAGAGAAGUAACUCUAUCUCUCUUCAGAGUUGUAACAUUAAGAUGUUAUCCCAUACUUCACUACCGCCAGAGAAAGGUUCCCACUGCAGUACAAGAAUCAAAAACACUCUAAGCAAGCAGUGUAGAUCAUUGUCCAAUAACAGAAACAUGGUGAAUAGCUCAAGCCUUAAGGUAGAUGCUGGAUAUUGUAAAAAAAACAAAAAGCCAGUGUGCAGGCUGUGUAGAUCAGUGUCUAACAGUAGUAGGAGCAGAGGUGUCAGUUUAAGUCCCAUGGAGAGAAAGAAGACCAGCACAGUGGUGGAAGUCAGCACAGACUCUGUGUAUCAGGUAGUGAAGCCUUCAGCCCAGUGUGGCAUUGAGGAUGUGUCUGAUGAAGCAUCCUUUCAUUCUUUAUCUGACGAGGACUUUGACCUGGAUAACACUGACACCUCCAUCCAGAGGCUGCUCACUUCAAUACAAGACUCCAGCAGAAAUGAUCUGCAGUGUUCAUUGGUACUCAAAGUGAAGAAAUGUUCUACUGAGGAGAGAUCUGAUUUGUUUCAACUUGACUCUGAUCUUGGCUUACAAAAUACAAAUGACAAGAGUGUUGCAGGAGUGCAGGUUGGUGAGAAGGAUGAAGAUUCUGUGUGCACCCUUGGUGUAGGGAAAUCAUGCCAUUCCAAUGAACAAGGUUUUGCCUUGUUGGCUGAAAACUUUACAACUGAUGAACUAGUUACAUACCCUGAUCCAUGCAGAACUACCCUAAGCAGCCCUCUUAAUCAGCAAGCUAGUGUAGCUCAGCUGACCGGUGAAAGAGAUGAUGAACUAGUUACAUACCCUGAUCCAUGCAGAACUACCCAUAGCAGCCCUCUUACUGAGCAAGCUAGUGUAGCUCAGCUGACCGGUGAAGGAGAUCACUUGACCUCAGCAGUGGACAGACAUAUUGAAUUGUGUACCUUUGGUCUGGCAUUUGGAGACUCUUUUGAGCCUGUGGGAUGUUUAGGUAAAGAUCCGGUCCUGCCGGUGAGCUCUAAGCAGGACAGUAGUGAACAAAUUCUGAAAGUAGAAGACAUUGUUGUAGUUCAGAAUGAAGAAACUCAGUUCAUCCAAGGUAGUAAUAAUAAUGACAAUAAUUGUGAUUACUUUCAAGAUGCCUUUGAUUGUUUCCAAGAAACAAAGAUGGACUAUAGUCAUUGCAUGAAGUACAUAGAAACAGACCAUUUUCAAUCAGACCUUAUAGCAUGUGAACUUGUUGAGAGCGCCCAUGUGGUGAGUGUUGUCAGAAACACUGAUGAAGAAGUCAGUAUAAAGAUACACUUGGAGGAUGAUCUGAGACGUAGGGCUUUAAGAUGUCACAAUAACGAGUUCAUUUCUGAUGGUGAACUGGAUUAUAAAGAUCAAUCAAAGAAUGGUGAAGAUGCCAACUGUGUAACAGGAAUCAAUGCUGAAAACUUCACUUGUGCAUCCAGAGUAUUAGAGAGUGAAACAAAUGUAAAAACACACCAUUGGGCCUAUCAUCUAGAACAAGGAGUUGACAGUUCUGCACCAAGGGAUGUGAUUCCUUCAGCUAUUGACUUGAAGCAUUUAUCUAGUGGCUCAGAGCCACAGUUUGUUGAAGAGUUGUCUAUUUUAUGGGAGGGUAGUUUGCUGAGCCAGCAAGAUGAGGAAAGCAUGUCUGUGACAGAUGAUGAUGUGAAAGAUUUAGAAUCCCUCAAUGGAAGUGAAGAAUCAAACUUGAAUCUUGAUUUAGACAUGUGCUCAGUCUAUCUUGAAGAGACAAACUAUGAAGAUGUUGCCUCAUCACAUGUCAUUAGAGUUCCUGGUGACCUUCAGCAAACUGAGCCUAUAGUAACGUCUUCAAUAAAGACUGAUACAUGGGAAAUUAAUAGUCUGAUCAGGGAAUAUAAAAAAAGAUUUCUAGAAGACAACAUUAGUUUACCCUCUGUUGAAACACACUGCCGUGCAGAGCUAGCUUUCAAGAAAUCAGAUGCUACAACUGAGAUAGAAUGUGAUCCUUCCUUGAAGACUGAAACUGAAGAGAAUAAAGACCUAAGUCUUAGAAGUCAUUUUUUGAACAUUAAUACUGACAAUGUGUCUACUUGCAAACAAACUGAUAUUAGAGCUGAAAAGCUGAUAAAGUCUGGUGUGAUUUGGUCACAGGAGAUCAAUUCGGAAGUAGAACAUUGUCUUGUUUCAGACAAUAUUCAAAUGUUCAACAUGAACUCCGACCUAACCCUACAUCAAGAUUUGUCUGUAGAACAAACCACAGGUUGCAUUUUAGACCAAGAAUGUCCAAAUGUGUCUGCAAAUGUUGUAAACUUGGACAGCUCAGAUAAUAUUGCUGUAGCUGAUGAUUUUAUCUUUUAUCCUGAUAUGUGCCCUUAUGAAAUACAUUUGAAGGAAGAUUCUGAUUCAUUGAGCAGUGAUAUGUCUCUAAAGGAAGAUUCAAGAAAUGUACACAUCAGUGUUGCCAGUCAAGACUACAGUCAACAAGAAGAAUCUGAUCAAGAAGUUAAUGAAGAAUCUGAUGAGCAAAUUAAUGAAGAAUCUAAUCAAGAAGUUAAUGAAAAGUCUGAUCAGCAAAUUAAUGAAGAAUCUCAUCAGCAAGUUAAUGGAGAAUCUGAUCUAGAAGUUAAUGAAGAAUUUUUCGAUCAACAAGUUUAUGAAGAAUCUGAUCAAGAAGUUAAAGAUGAAUCUGAUCAAGAAGUUAAUGAAGAAUCUUAUCAAGAAGUUAAUGAAGAAUCUGAUCAACAGGUUAAUGAAGAAUCUGAUCAAGAAGUUAAUGAAGAAUUUUUUGAUCAACAAGUUAAUGAAGAAUCUUAUCAAGAGGUUAAUGAAAAAUCUGAUCAGCAAAUUAAUGAAGAAUCUCAUCAGCAAGUUAAUGAUGAAUCUGAUCAGCAAAUAAAUGAAGAAUUUGAUCAACAAGUUAAUGAUGAAAGAGAGUUCAAUAAAAAGUCUGAUCAAGAAGUUAAUGAAGAAUUUGAUCAACAAGUUAAGGAAGAAACUGAUCAACAGGUUAAUGAAGAAUUUAAUCAAGAAAUUAAUGAAGAAUCUGAUCAAGAAGUUAAUGAAGAAUCUGAUCAAGUUAUUGAAGAAUUUGAUCAACAAGUUAAGGAAGAAUCUGAUCAGCAAGUUAAUGAAGAAUUUGAUCAACAGGUUAAUGAAGAAUUUGAUCAAGAAAUUAAUGAAGAAUCUGAUCAAGAAGUUAAUGAAGAAUCUGAUCAACAGGUUAAUGAAGAAUUUGAUCAAGAAGUUAAUGAAGAAUCUGAUCAAGAAGUUAAUGAAGAAUCUGAUCAACAGGUUAAUGAAGAAACUGAUCCACAGGUUAUUAAAGAAUCUGAUCAACAAGAUAAUGAAAAAUCUGAUCAAGAAGUUAAUGAUGAUAUAGAGUUCAAUAAAGAAUCUGAUCAAGUUAAUGAUGAAAUAGAUAUCAAAGAAGAAUUAGUUCAAGAAGUUAAUGAUGAAAUAGAGAUCAAAGAAGAAUUAGUUCAAGAAGUAACUGAUGAAAUAGAGAUCAAUAAAGUAUUCGAUCAUGAAUGUUAUGAUUUCAGUGAAGAAUUUAAAAAGAUUAAUGAUGAAUCUGAUCAAGACGUUAAUGAUGAAUCUGAUCAAGACAUUAAUGAUGAAAUAGACUUCAAAGAUGAAGUAUGUCAAUUUAAUGAUGAAAUAGAUUUUAAUGAAGACUUUGGUCAACAAGUUAAUGAUGAAAUAGAGUUCAGUGAAGAAUCUGAUCAAAAAGUUAAUGAAGAAUUUGAUCAAGAAGUUACUUAUGAAACAGAUUUCAAUAAAGAAUUUGAUCAACAAUUAGUCAAUGAAAGAGAUUUUAAACCACACCAUCAUGAAAAAGAUUUGAAUAUAGAAUCAAAUCAAGAAGUUGAAACUAAACUAGAUGUCCAACAUGAACGUAGUCUACAAAUAAUUUUUACCACUGAUUUCAGUCAGAAAUUAAACCUUGAAACCAAUGGUGAAAUCUGUUCACUUAAAAAAUCAAAUCAACAGAAUGUAGUUGCAAUAAAUACUAUGAGAAUAACUGAACAAAUAAAACUCAAUGAAGAAUUAAAUCAAAUCUUGGAUGAAAUAAAUGUAAAAAAAGAAUCAAGUCAAAUCCUGGAUGACAUAAAUUUUAAUGCAGAUUCAAGUCAAAUCCAGAAAGACAUAGAUUUUAAUGCAGAUGCAAGUAAAAUCCAGAAAGACAUAGAUUUUAAUGCAGAUGCAAGUCAAAUCCAGAAAGACAUAGAUUUUAAUGCCGAUGCAAGUCAAAUCCAGAAAGACAUAGAUUUUAAUGCAGAUGCAAGUCAAAUCCAGAAAGACAUAGAUUUUAAUGCAGAUGCAAGUAAAAUCCAGAAUGACAUAAAUUUUAAUGCCGAUGCAAGUCAAAUCCAGAAAGACAUAGAUUUUAAUGCAGAUUCAAGUCAAAUCCAGAAAGACAUAGAUUUUAAUGCAGAUGCAAGUCAAAUCCAGAAAGACAUAGAUUUUAAUGCAGAUUCAAGUCAAAUCCAGAAAGACAUAGAUUUUAAUGCAGAUGCAAGUCAAAUCCAGAAAGACAUAGAUUUUAAUGCAGAUGCAAGUGUGGUCCUGGAUGAAAUAAAUUAUAUUGAAGAAGCAUGUUAUCUUAUACCAGUUAAAAAUCAUUUGACUAGAGAACUAAAUCUACAAAGCCAAGAAAAUAAGGAUUUGGUUAGAAACUUUUACCAAGUCCAUAAUAAAACAAGUUAUAUUAAAGAGUCCAAUCAGAAAAUCCCUGAAGAAAAAGAUGCCACUGAAAAAUAUUUCCAUCAAGAAUCAAUUCAUCAAAGUCAUGAGAAAAAAUAUUUCAAUGAAGAAUCAAGUCAUGAAAAUCAUGAUGACAAAGAUUUGCAUGAAGAAGCAAUUCAAUGCAACCUUGAUGAAGAAGAAUCAAGUCAACAAAUUCAUAAUGUAAAAGAUUUUGAUGAUGAAUCAAAUCACUAUAUUCAGGAUGUGAAAUUAAGUCAACAAAUCCAUGAUGAAAUAGAUUUCAAAGAAAUAUUUGUUCAAUAUAUCCAUGAUGAAAUAGGUUUCAAUGAAGAACCAGGUCAACAAAGUCAAGAUGAUUUCAAUGAAGAACCAUGUCAACAAAGUCAAGAUGAUUUCAAUGAAGAACCAUGUCAACAAAGUCAAGAUGAUUUCAAUGAAGAACCAGGUCAACAAAGUCAAGAUGAUUUCAAUGAAGAACCAGGUCAACAAAGUCAAGAUGAUUUCAAUGAAGAACCAGGUCAACAAAGUCAUGAUGAUUUCAAUGAAGAAGCAGCUCAACCAAUUCAUGAUGAUGACUUAAGUCUGCAAAUCCAAGAGGAAAAAGAUAUCUGCAUGAAAUCAAGUGAACAGAUAUAUUACAAAGAGGAUUACAUUGCAUAUUCAGGUCAACAAAGUCAUGAUGAAACUGAUUUAAAAGAAGAAUUACACCCAAAAAAUCAAAAUAAAAUAAAUUUAUUUCAAAAAUUGAAUCCACAGAUCAUUAAUAAAAUUGCUUCAUGUGACACAUUAAAUUUCCCAAUGAAUGAUGAAAUUGAUUUUACUUAUGAAUCAAUUCAACAUAAGAGUUAUGAGAGUGGUAUCACACAAAAAUAUGUUGAAUCAUUCAGUGAGGAUCAGCAGAUCUUUACUGCACUAGAUUCUAAUGAAGAAUCAAGGGAGCCAAUGUGUCCUGACUUAGAUUGGAAUCAACAAUUCACUCCAUCCUCAGAUACACUAACUUUGAUUCAAGAAACCAUUGAGCAGCAAGUUACCACUGAAGUCAAUGUACACAGUCAAACCAUUCCAAGUCUACCAAACAAAACCAAUGCCCUUUUCAUUCAAGAUACUCAGGGAAUCAUUAAGGAGUUAGGACUUAUCAAAUUAAAACAACCAAUGGAAGAAAGGACUACUGAAGGAGAAGAGCACCACCUAAUUACUGCAAUGAAUUUCAACAAUGAUGAGCUCAAUGAAGAACAUAACAAAUGCAAUGAUACAAACAAUAUAACUGCAGACAAUCAGCAGAUAAUUCUGUAUAAAAUAGAGUCAAAGAAAAUGAAUGAACAAGUUCUUGAGGAAGACAUUUGUACUGAAAUUUCAGAUCGAGAUAUUUUAAAAGUAAGCUGCGAUGAAACUUCAAGUCAUUACACUGAUGAAGUUUUUAUUGAAGCCUUCAGUCAACUAAUCCAUGAUGAUAUAGUGGAAGUAUCAAGUCAACAAUCUGAUUAUGACGUUUCAAAGCAACAAUCAGAUAACGAAAUAGAUCCUGAAGAUGUAAUUGUUUCAUCUCUUGGUCAAAUAAAUGGACCUCUUAUAAAUAUAUUACAUUUAGAAGCUUUGUCUGAUCAGAUGGAUGUUUGUGAGUAUGACAAUGAUGUGGUGUGUCUGGACUCCACUCAAUGUCUACCUACUGAUCUUGAAAUCAAAUAUGAUGAAGGGAGUCUCAGUUUCCUCUUGGAGACAGCAGAUGAGUUAGAAAAAACUGAACUCCUAUCUUAUCCAACUAGAGUACAAGACACCACAUUUCAUUAUGAGAUGGGGGGGCAAAUGUAUGAGAUUGAAGAAGAGAAAUUAUACCAACUAGCUCAAGAAAUAUUAGGAGAGUCACCUGAACAGGAAGAAAUAUUCCUGGAAAAAACGGCAGACUUAAACUAUUGUUGUCUGGACUAUGCAAGCCAAGAGCCUGUUGUUCGUAGACAAGAUGUGUACUUGACAAAAGAUCUUUUCUUGACUGAUUCAUCAAGGGAAGUAAUACUCCAUACAGACUCUGUCAUUGAAACUAAAUGUGGUUCUAGCUUUGAUCAAGCAAAUAGUCAUCUGAAGUGGGCUGACAGAAGUAACAGAGAGUCUGACCUGCAGUGUGAGGCACAUCUGUUGCCAGAGCAUUAUGUCAAGAUGGCUCAAUGUGCUACAUGUUAUCACUUGCCGGAUACUGACAAGGAACAUUUUGAGCCUUUUGAAAACAGCACUGACUCCUCCAUUGAUGAAGUUACCGGAUUAAAACAUGUUUCCUUAGGUUCCAUUGCUGAUGCUCUUUCCCCCAAAAGACCUCUGACCAUUAGCUAUAGUGACCAUGAUAUUGCCAUUGGUUUCUUUAACAGCCAGUCCUUCCCUCUUUUAGAUGACCAGUCCAUGUCUUUGCCUGAUAUGAGUAUUUGUAGUCACUUUGACUGGUCCCAAAACAGCAAUCGACCGAUGACAAGAUUCAGUGAUGCUACAGACAUGAGGUCAUGGAGCUCUGUUCCGUCUGUACAUAAAAAAAUGAGUCCUUUUGAUUCCCAGCUUCGUAAAACAAAAUCUGAUCAGAAUUUGAAGCUCUGGUCUCCACGGUACAGCUGGAGCCCUUCAACUCAGAAUUCCUUUUACGUCCAUCCAAAACCAUGGCAUGAGCAUCAGCAGGCCAAUGACCUUUCACCUUUGUGCAUAAGUUCUUCUGGAACUUUAAAUACAAGUUCCUCUAGCUUGGGUCAGAACAUUAGUGCAACUGCUCAAAGAAUCUUGAAAGAAGAUGAAGAGAUAAGAUCUGACUCUAGUACUAAGGGAAAUAUUGCUGCUGGGUAUAGUCGACAUCUGAAAGACAGUUUCACUUAUGGAGAGUUUUCUAGGGAUUUGUCUCAUUUGAAAAGCAAAUACCAGUCUGGCUUUAAAUCCAUGCCUAGAAAUGACAUGGAAGAUCUGAGCCUAAAAACAGAAUCCAAUACCAAAAGAAUUGUAAAGGCUAUCAGAAACAACUUACAUAGUUCUUAUGCUAGAAGUUCAGACAUUUUAAAGACAUUGUAUGAACCAGAAACAACUUCAUUCCAAGAUCCAAACAGCCAGCCUGACUUCAAAAGCAAUUGGAAAUCUUCUGGAGAUAAUGAAAGAGGGGCAUUCAGAUACCAUUCUAAAAAGAUAACUGAUGACUUCUCAGAAUUGGAUCAUGUUUACACGCGUAAUAAUUUAGAACAUGGCCAGGGUUUUAAUGAGCACUUAGGUCAGCCUGUUGGUUUCAGUUCUCAAUCUUGUUUGGUUGGACAGGAAAGUGAGCACAUGUCAACGUCUAGGAAAAGAUACAUCACUGACUAUUCACAUAGGACUUGGAAUGAGUCAGACUUGAAUCUCACAGCUGACGACACUGACUUUUUAGGAGAUUUUAAAAAGCCACUUCCUUUUGACCACACUAAGUAUUACAAAAACAAGAUACAUGGCUCCAACACAUACAUGACAUUUUCUUGCCCAAAAGAUGAGACCUACGGCAGACUCAUUUUCCACCAGCACAACCACGGCGAUGAAAGUCAAAUACCUUCACAUUCCCACUUUCAAAGUUCCUUUAUGGACUAUCUCAACACAGAUAGCAGGCAGCACCGUGUUUCAUUCUUGAAUGAGAAGACUAACUUUGACCUCAGCACUGAGUCUGGCCUUGACAGCAGUAUGACAGACAGCCUUUUUGAUGGCAUUCUCGACAAGGGCAGUGAUGACAGUUUUGAAUGCCACUUUUUGUCCUCCAGGUUUGCUGGAGCAAGGGGAAAAGAAAACAAUAAUCAUUAUGACGAGACUAUUCUGGAGUCCUCUCUGGCUGAGGAAGUGAGUUCUAGAGACGAUAUAGAAGAUACUUUUAAUGAGUGUAUGUUAAUGAACAACAAAGAAAUGGAGGAUCAUGGGUUUGUUACCCCUGCAUUCACUAAUAGAGGGAUUAAUGCUAUAUUAGCUGAGGACACAUCUGAAGGCAGUGACUCUGGAGAAAGUGACCCUAUGGAAAACAGUGUGUAUCCAGAUACUGAUGCUCCAAAUGUUUGCUUCAGAAAAACACUUGCCAAACAAAAGGAUGUGAAAGAAAGUGAUGUUAAAAGGGGGUAUGUAGACAGGGAAAACCAGGAUCCUCUCACUCUUGGACAUUUGGAUUGCAACCUGGCUGGCGGGCCUUUGAAUCUCAAUAUAAAUGUUGUUUUGCAGGUAUCUAAAAGUCAGAACACCAGUGAGAAUCUAAAUUAUGCUAAACUUGUGGCAUUCAAUUCAGUAUCCACUCAAUUCUCUCUUCAGAAUAGCAUUGGAAACUCUGAGGCCUUGGACGACAUUAACAUUGAAGGCUUACAGUCUGCUCUACAGGAUUACCAAAGCAGGGGCCCUAUGCUGUCACCAGUGUUAGAGGUCUUGGAUGAUGACCCAGCGUCUAGAACUGAUGAACUUAACAGUGACUGCUCUCCUGGGGAAGACACUCAAGCCAGUGAGCACGUUCAUGAAAACUGUGUUCUAAAGGAGGACAAAAUGGAAGAUCCUCCUGAUAUCUCAAAGUAUAAACCCCAGAAUGAGUCCUCGGAAGAAAAUUCAGAGGACUUCAUUACCUUGGAAACAGACAAAAUAACAAAAGUUGUGUACAAGUCUAAAACAGAAGAAUUAAAGAAAGAAGGUUUGGGUGAUGGCGUAGCACACGUGUCAGUCGGGCCUAAAAGUCUACAGUUAAGUGAUGCUAAGGAGGAUGUGUGUGUCAGUGCUGGGGACAAUGCUGCCGUGAGCAGACUGGUUGAAGCUCUUAAACAACUCCACAGCUGUGCACUGCAAUCUAUCCCUUCUGAUGGGUCUAAACCUGACCACCAGUUUGUAUCGUUGAUGAAUAAAGAAAUGCUCCAAAUGCUCACACUGCAUGAUACUCCUGUUAAUAGCCCUCCUUCUGGAAGGUCCUACUUAAAUGAUGACAAGCCUCAUAAUGAGAGCUGUAGCUCAGAAGACACACUUAGCCUAAGAAGAAGUUUAGCAGAAGACCAACAAGAGAAGUAUGUACACACUUGUGCUUCUCAAAGCUUGCUCAACAAAUCAGAAUUCCAAGGGGAUCAAAAUCAAAUUCCUGAAAUCAUCAAUUCAGACAAAAGAACAACAUUGGUUACAGGUGUUUUAAAACCUCUGAAUGGUAGUUAUAAUUUAGUGAAGGAUUCUACACAUGACACGUUUAUUAGUCAGACACCCUUGUCACCAAGAGGAUACAGAGACACCAUAAUCAAUAGGUCUGUUUCAACAGAUGUCAUGGGCAAUGGUUCUUUAGCAAGUAAUCUCUUCACCAAUAGCUCUAAAUCUUUGGAUAUCCUAAGUGAAGGCAUGAGGAGGGAAGGUACAUCCAUUUUUUCAAAGAUCAGGGGGGAUUACUCCAGAGACACCCAACAGCAGAAUGCCUUCACCAAAGGCAUCUUGGCUCAAGAUGCACUGAGAUCAGACAAGCAUCUUACUUCAGAUUCCAGAGCACAGGAUGCUCCUGUGGACAAUUUUGAGGUUAUUGACAAAAGUUUAAAACCAAGGAUUAGCUGUCCUCAGCUGAUCAGUAAGGAUUCCCAAAAAAGUUUGUAUUGCCAUUUCAGUGAUGGUAAUGUUCAAAAGUUAAAACAACAUGAUGAACUUGUUAUUUCAAGACCUCAAAACUUGCUGACCACUGGAUCACAGAAUAGAGAAGAUAAUUUCCCAAUAUUGAACAGUGUUUGGCCUAAACUUAAUAAAACCCAGAGUUUACAAAGCAACAACUAUGAGCUGAAUUCCUUCGCUAUGAACAGUCCAGACAGGUCUACAAAGUUGUGCUAUCAAAGAGAUUUAGGCUGUAGAUGUAGGUCUCAUGGUGCUUUACCCAGAAUCUCUGAGGCAUAUGAAAUCUUCAACAGCAAUUCUCUUCCAAAGAAAGACUUCAUCAUGGAACAUCAAGUCUCUGACAUAGACACUUCUAGAACACAUGGUGCUUUCCCCCAGGAAAUGUCUCUAUGUAAUACACACACACCCUACAAUGCAUCUCAGCAGGUUCACAAUUCUAUUAUUGGAUCAAAAGAUGCUUGCUCUGGACAAAAAGAUGAACUUUCCAUUAGCACUCAAGAGUUUCAAGCAAAAACCUUCAACCUGCAACCAUUUGGUCUUGUCAAUGCUAUCACAUCUAAGCAUGCCUGCACAUCUGCCAAUAUAAGUGACACCACAAGAGAGAUACAUACACAAUCGGAUGUAGACACUAUUCUAAACGCAGUUACUAAAGAGAAAACAACAUCUAAUGAUGAUGUGUUUUUAAAGGUUGAGGAAGAGACUAGUCAUGAAAAAGCUGGAAAAGAAAGUACUGGGCAACUUGGCUGUAAUGGUGACAAUAACCAAAUAAGAAGAGGGGUCACAAUCCAAGAGAGGCAUGUCUUUGAGAAGCUCAAAGUGACCAGCACAUCUAAAAGUGACAUAAAAAUUGUGCGUGAUCUGGAGGAUGACAAGGAAGCCAGGUUGACAAAACAAAUUUGGAAGGCAGCAGAUGUCAGUGGUGAUGUGGGAGAUAGAGUAUUCUUUGAUCAAUCAAAGAGAGAGAACAACAUGUGGGCUUCAAGAGACCAGAGUAAUGCUUUGAUAAAUGGCCAUGGAGUAUAUAAAAUUGGGGAUAGCAAUGGCGAUGGUUGCAUAAAGUCAGACGAUUGUCAUGCCAUCAAAUCUGUUGUACCAUUGACAGAUAUUGACCAUAUGAAGACUUUUAAGUCAGACAGUCAUGGCAGACCAGAGUAUACAGAAACAUCAAAUUUGCCAAUUGCUGACCUAGUCCCAGCUGAUGAAACUGUGACCAUGGAAAAUAAAGCUGUGGGCAGCAGUGUCCAGACUCAAGAGAAAUGUGUUGAGACUGAUAACUGCAUUACAAAUGAGCAAUGGAGCAAUGCUGAAAUGGACCCUCUCUUUAAAAGUCCCUACCUUGAAAGUACAACUCUGAAUAUCAAACAAAAUGACUUGUUGAAGCUGUUUUGUAAAACUGAUGUCUGUUUGAAGGAAAUUAAACUGGUAUUAUUAAACAAAGACAUGGUCCAGGCUCAAGUAGAUUCCAAUGGCAAGACUGAUCAAUCUAGUCUUGGUUUGAAACAUCUGACUCAGAAGUUAUCUUCUGUCCCAAUAAUUGUCACUAAGGAUGAUGUUAAUUUAAAUGAAGAGAAUAUUGAAUUGCAGAAGAACAGAUUUAAAUCCCCAAUCCCCAAUAGCUCCUAUUUUUCUGCCCAGCAUAAUAAAUGCUUGGAACCAGUGCAAGACCAACAUACCAAAGAGUUAUUUGCAGAGUUAGAAGCAGAUGAACAGUCUUUUAAAAGCGUUUGUGAAAUGAUAGGGAACAAAAGAGAUUCAAGCAAUGACACUAAACAAAUACAAGACCCUCAUCAUUCUUCUGCACUAGAAGAUCAGCAGAUUUCUACUCCAUUGAUGGACAAACUUGCUUCUCCACUACUUGUUGACUUCCUGUCCUGCAGCUCAGAGUCAUGUGACAGUGAAUGGCAGUCAACAUUUAGCCAAUCAGGCGAUCCCAAGUUCUACGAUACAUUUCCUAAAGUAAUUUCUUUUGACCAUUCAAAGUCCAGCAGUGAGUCAUCCUUUCCAGAUAUCACAGACUUUGAUGAGAGUAACUUGAGCAGUGAUGAGGAUACCCGUGAUGCUGAUGUCAGCUCACUGGAUACUACACUCAUUGCUCCCAGCUACUCAGAAAAAUACAGGCUAAGUCAGCCUAUAAAGUAUCAGUCUCUCUUCAGAAAAAGACAUGGGUCAAAUCAAACCAAGUCAGAUCUUCUGUUUCACAAAGACAAUCCAGAGGUCAGUCUCUUUGCCCCCAAUCUAAAUCUUGUCCAAGAGGAAAUUAUUGGGAAUCAAAAAGACAAUGUAGAUAGCUGUGCAGCUGAUGUGGAAAGCCUGAGCGACUUUGCCAAAGUGGCUGCUCCAAUCAAAUGUUUUCCUACAAUCCCUUUCUCUGUUGCACCAAUUACUGACAGAUUUCCAUCUUUUUUCAAAACUCAAUCCUGUCAGGAUAAAAAGAAUACAACUGAGAAACAAUCUGUAUUUAAGCAACGAGGGUGUCAACAAGAAAGAUAUAACUCUUUUAUACUAGCUGACAAGUCAGGAAAACAUAAAGCUAGGGCUUCUGACCUCGCAGGUCAGUUGUAUUCCCCAAGAGUUAGCCCUAAGAAGCAUCUCAUCACUGAAGGGGAAGCCACACCAGGAAGUGUACUUCUGGAUUCAUUUUACUCCAAACCUGUCCAAGCAAAUCACUGGCUGGCUUUCAAGAGUCCUCCUAGCUUCAGGCCCAGUCCAACAAACAACAAGUUUAAAACCAAGGCAAAAGUACAUGAGGAUUUGAAGUUCCACCGCAGAAAAAAGUUGUUUUCACCUCUAGAAUCUGUCGCUGAAGAGAAAAGGCUCUUUCCUCUUCCCAGUUUUUACAAAGAAAUCAACAAUGCCAACAGUAAUGAUCUUAUCUUUGACUGGCAUCAGGAGUUGGCCCAUAAUGACCAGAUAGAGGAUGUGGCUGGAUUUGAUAGGACUGUUCAAGUACAAGAUAGCUGUGAAACCUGUGAAUAUAAAUCACCUGAAGCCAUUAGAGUAGAGUCUAACCAGUCCAAGAGAAGUGUCAGUUUCCAAUGGCCUAGUGAAUACAGUGUUUGCAUUAUAGACACUAACUACACCAGUGAUAGCCAGGUGACAAGUGUGGACCAAGACUUAGAUCUUAAACCCAAUGUGACCCCUGUGGAAAUAGAUUAUGAACCCUUUUUAUUCCGCUACAGAAAGCCUGGCCUGCCAGUGAUAACAGAAGAGGUUGAGGAUGCUGAAACAGAUUUGAAUUCUGUGUCUGACAGUUCUCCUGAUAUAAGCAUGACAUCUACCAGCAGCAGUGAUGCAUUUACUGAGGAAGCACAAAAAGAAGAGACUUGUACAAGAACAUGCAAAGAAAUCUGUACAACUAAAUGUUCUCAAGAGGAAGAGACUAGAGAUCAACACAGAAGACAUGCUCGCUACUUCCCUGAGUUACCCUUUUUUAAUAGUAGGUCGUCAGAGGAGGAGGCAACUGUGGAUUCCAAGGCAGAAGUAGUUGAUCUGGUAGCCAGAAAUUCUGAUAGAAAACUGCCAGAUUUAAGUUUCUUUGCUCAACAGACAUGUUCCAAUGAUGACUUUCUUGAGUCCAACUGUUUGAAUAGUGACCAUGUGUUGUGCCAGAUGAAUGUCUCAGACACAGAGAUUCAUUUAGACAUAAAUGUGGAGUUUACUUCUGAUAGCAUUAACUCUGAAGAGUCUAGAGAUCAGAUGACUGUGUCACUUCAGCAGGAUCUUGGGUCUUUUGAUACAAAUAAUGUUAACACAACAGCCGAGUCUAAUGAUAAAGAACUGGAUAUAAGUAAGGAGGCUAUCAUAUCAGAACUAGGGCCAGACAAAGAAGCCUUCUCUCAAGUUAAGCUGUGCACUGAAAAUAGUAUUUCAAACAAUAGGACAUCCCAUGAAUCAAAGGAAUAUGCACAACCCCUUCAGUGCUUGAUUGACAAGACAUUUUCUGAUGACAUUAAAGAAAGGGGUCAUGUAUCUCAUAAAUACAACUUGCCUUUGGCUAACAUUAAAACAGAUGAGACAUUUGUUGACUCUGAGGAUGACGCUGCUACCUUGUUGAGGCAUUUGAAAGAGAUGGACCUAACCUUAGAGACUGACAGUGACCUAAGUUUCACAGGACAAUUUGACAGUCCCACCAAGUCAACUUACCACAUAGAUGUCUCCUGUGUGGUCCAUGUGGAAGACUGUGACUCUGAAGCAUCCAGUAGCUCCAGCUUGAUAUUGUCUUCAGGUCAUGAAAUCAGCAUUUCCGCGGAAUGGAAAACUGACUCUGAGGAGCCUUCUGAAACAGACAAUGCCAUUGUCAAAAACAUUGUGAGUCCACUUGGUGCAGAUGAUUUGAAUCAGGCUUUCAAUGCUGGAACCACAAGUGAUCAGAAAGAUGAUGAUAUUGACAGUCAUUUAAAUAUUACCUAUGUGCUAGAUGAAAGCAAUGAAUCUCCAGAAUCUACCAGUCAUAAAAAUGAUGCUUGUGAUGAUCUUGAGGAUGAUAUGAAUGCUUCAUCUGAAGCCUAUUCAGACAAUAUGGAGAGGCUAGGAAGCUCUGAUGAACACUUGGGGGAUGACUCUGGGGAUUCCCCUAGCGACUCUGAUAUUCUACUACAUACCUCCAGCAUUAUCAAAGACCCUAUGGUGUUAAAGAGGUUGACGUCAGAGCCCCCAGUGAAACAGAAGCCUGCCAAGGAAGAUAGAUCAGUCUACAGUUUGCAAGACAGCAGCUUGGUUGUGCCAACAUUGUCCUCUGACUCCUUUUCAACUUAUUGUUCUCACCAGAGCCACCUGGUGGAUGAACUGGAACUGGCAGCAUUCCUUAGUGAUGACUGUGCUGAGUCACAGGAUAACAAGAGAUGCCAUCUAGACUGUAGUGACAUUGCAGAGGAUGAUAGACUUGUCAGUGACAGCAGUGUUAGGAAGGAAGAGGAUUUCACUGAGUUAACUGCUGAAAAUGAUGGAAUCGUCAACAAGAGCAGUAACAGUGAGGAUGCUGACCCUGAAGAAGAGAAGCUUGAGGAAGGUUUUUUGAUUCACUCUGAAGGUCUGGACUCUACUGAAUCCUUGACGCAAUGGACAGAUCAAGUUUCUCCCCAUGGCAGUAGACUGUGUUACUAUCACCUCUAUUUUGAUCAGACUGGAGCAGAGGUGGACACUUCUAAUGAGAACAGUAUCCUAGAUGUUCACGUUAGUGAAACCUCAGGUCUCGGUGUUGAGAAACUGAGUCAGGAUGGACUUUGUCAAAUGGAAAUCCUUCAACAUGUUUCAGAACCUCUGGACCCUAAUGUUCUUGAUACAAGGGACUCAAAAGUAGAAGAUGAGAAUGCUAUGGUUGACUCAAGUAAACUUCAGUCUGAAAACCUAUGUGACUUUAAAAUAAAUUUGGCUCCAUGCAGUUUAGUCAGCCACAGUCUUAGAGAUCAGACUAGUGAAAGCAGCUCACAGUCAGGCCUCAUAGGACAGUCUGACCUGUGCCAAUUGGAUGACCUUUUUGCUGUCUCUUCCUUGUCAGACCCUGACAUGACAGUGACUGAAGAGCUGCACCAUGAAGGACCUGACACUUGCAUUCUAAGCUUUAGCUUUUCUAACCCAAUGUUCUGUCACUGCCAAGGUGGUGAAAAGAAACGCUACAGCUCUUUCAUCUCUCUAUCACCGUAUCCUUGCUUGCGUAAAAGUAAGUCUGAUCACAGCGUAGACUCUAAGAGCUUGUGCCAGAACUGGAUACUCCAAAAUAACAGCUUCCAUGACACACAGCACCUGAUGUUUCCAGAAGAUAAAAGAACAGGCGGGAGAAAUACUGUAUCAGACAUAAGUGACUUUAGGAGGUCAGCAAAUAAAGGUCCUGAGUAUCAGUAUGAGGAAAUGACUUCCUUCUCCGCUGACUGGUCAUCCAACUGUUUAUUGGUUGGAGAGGAUAAGAGUGGGGACAAAGUGGAAGACCUAAACCAAUGUGUCCUCUUUGAGGAAGACAGUAAGGAGAUGGUAACACAAGAGUCUGGGACUACAGAAGACAUCAGUUUUUCCUGUCAUCCGGUCAGUUCCAAGUUUUCCUUAGCUGACCUUGUCCAGCAUCUCAUGGCAAGAGAUCAACUGAAGAACUUUGGUUUUUGUGAUGAUGACUUGACUAAAUUAUUAAGAGAAAUUAUGCAAGAAGCCAGGAACUUAACUGAUGCUGAGAGAUGUUCAGUGUUUCUGUUAGACAAGGAUACUGAUGAACUGGUUGCAAUGGUGUUUGAUGGCAUUACAGCAGAUGACAAAGAGUGGCAGUAUGGGGAUGGGGUACAAGGAGAAAUACGACUGCCAAAAACACAGGGCAUAGCAGGCCACGUGGCAACAACAGGAACUUUGUUGAACAUUCGAGACGCAUAUUCUCACCCUCUGUUCUAUAGAGGCAUAGAUGACUCCACAGGCUUCAGGACCAGAAAUAUUUUGUGCUUCCCAAUCAAGGAUGAGGAAGGGAUGGUGCUGGGUGUGGCUCAGCUGUGCAACAAGAAGACGUUCCAGUAUUUCACCACAUUUGAUGAAGACAUUGCCUCUGCCUUUGCUGUUUACUGUUGCAUUAGUAUCAGCCAUUCUCUCAUGUACAAAAAGCUCGUGGACAUCCAGCACCGCCACCGAUUGGCCAAUGAGCUGAUGAUAUUCCACAUCAACCAGCAAGUACCAAUGGAGGAAGUGCAAAUGAUGGCUGAAAAUCCCAUCCUGCCUGUCACCACUUUUAGCAUCAAUUUUGAUUCCUUUGACUUUGCACCUCGCACCAUCCCAGAGUCCCAGACUGUUAUGUCAUGUAUAAGUAUGUUUGAGGACCUGGGAUUCUUAUCAAGAUGGAGAAUUAAAAUAGACACACUAGUAAGAUUUCUCCUGAUGGUUAAAAAAGGUUAUCGCAACCCUCCCUAUCACAACUGGAUGCACGCGUAUGCAGUCACUCACUUUUGUUACCUCCUCAUCAAAAAUCUUCAUCUACACAAUUAUUUGGAUGACAUCGAACUUUUAGCUUUAUUUGUGUCAUGUCUUUGUCAUGACAUUGACCAUCGUGGAACAACCAAUUCAUUCCAAGUUCAAUCGCAAUCAGUGCUAGCAGCUCUGUACAGCUCAGAGGGCUCUGUCAUGGAGCGCCAUCAUCUGGCACAGAGUAUGUGUAUCCUGAAUACUGAUGGUAGCAAUCUGUUUGAGAACCUUUCCAGCAAGGAGUACCAGACUGUACUGGACUUGAUGAGAGAGAUCAUACUGGCCACUGACUUGGCUCACCAUCUCAGGACAGUCAAAGAGCAGGAACAGCUAGCAGAGAGUGACAGCUAUGACAGAAACAAUGCCAAACAUAAACAUAUCUUGUUGUGCUUGCUGAUGACUGCCUGUGAUCUGAGUGACCAGACCAAGAACUGGAACAACACUAAACACAUUGCUGCACUAGUGUACCAGGAAUUUUUCUCUCAGGGUGACCUUGAGAAGGCUCUGGGUAAGAAUCCCAUGGAAAUGAUGGACAGAGAGAGGGCGUGCAUACCCGAGUUACAGAUCUCAUUCUUGGACAACAUUGCUGCUCCAGUAUACAAGAUUCUGGCCAGGAUGUUCACUGAAGCUCAAAUACCUGCCAGGAAUGUGGAAGAGAAUCGCAAACACUGGGUACACAUUCGCCAGCUGUUAAAAUUUCGUCAUGGGAACUCAACGCAGGCCAUGAGUGUGGAACAGAUCAUAUCCAUUGAAGAGGAAGUGGAUGAGAUCCCAGGUCAAGGUGAUAUUCACCUCAACGGACGAUGAGACUGGCUUUGAUUUUAUUUUAUUAUCUGGUCUUUAUUCUUUUUACAUGCAUUUUGAUUGGUCACGGGUGGAUGUACCUGAACAGUGGAUACAAUACAUGGGAUUGGCUUCGUGAGGAUGGCCAGAAUGAGUAGGGAGACCUGCUUGUCAUUCUCCUCCUAUGCUGUUAUCUAAUGGAUUACGUUCUCAGUUAUAUAGCUGCAGUUUUUUGAAAUCCUAAAAUGCUGACUGGGGUCUCUACAAGCCAGUUGGAACUAAAAGUUGCGUUGGAUAUCUUUUCAUCUAGAGUGAUGUUUUUUGGUGUUCCUGGCUGGGAAAUAUGAAAAUUUAAAACUGUUUUAAUGAAAUAUUUUGAGACGAGUUUGUUUCAAUUUUUCUUAACUAGCGUUUAGCUGUACCUUGAUCACAGUUAGAUAGAAGUGGAAAUACACUGUCAGCUUCUUUUUUUUUGUAUUAAACAGUCAAUUGAUUCUCUACCCAAAUUUAUAGAUAGGAAAAGAAAAGACAGGCAGCUGUUUGUGAAAGAUUUCAAAAGCAUAUUUUUAUUUCUCUUCCUCGAAUACAAAAGUCUGUGAUUCUGAAGAUGAUGGUCCAAUCUUCUUGAUGUAGAUAUGUGAAUAGAAUGAUAUAUAUAUAUAUAUUGGUGUUGACCAUUGGACAUUUUUAGCUGUACUGCUACUGAUAUUAUUUCUUCUUGUUUCAUAUCUUCAUUCCCAUACUUGGACAUUGGAAUAUUUCUCUACACAUCAAGUUUGGCAAUCUUAUUAUGACAAGUACACAAUGUUUUUUUUUUUUAAAAAAGAAAUGAGAACAUUGAAAUGUUCAAUUUUCAUAACUGUGUCACCGCAUUGCAAGAGGCAACUUUGAGUGGUUUGAAAAGGAAGUCAUUGGGCUUUCAUCUUUGCAGAAAUCCAGAUGAUGUCAUGGUGGAAACGGUUUGAAAGCUCUCCGUUGUUUUUACUUUCUACGAAAUCCAUUCAUAAAACAAAGCACUUUGAUUCGACUUGGUUUGAUUCUGAGAUGUGAAACUGUGUUGUUCUAUCUUGUUGUCAUUGAACUAGUGCACUGCUCAACACCAAGAACACAGAAAGAAUUAUUUCAUAUUGGGAUUUCCAAGAGCAUUGUUUGAAAUCUCCGUCCCUUGAGUGAAAUCUAUUUUUAAUGUAAGGGAUUUCCAUGUAUGAAGUCGCUGGCUUUCAUUGUUAAUUGUGCUUAAAGGGCAUCAACAGUAGAUACAUUUGAUUGGUCAACCAUUGUGGCUAUUUUGUGCAGUAAGCUGUAUUUAAAUAGGUCUGCAGCUAUUGUACUUCCUUAUGAUACAGUUAUUAUUAUUAUUUUGAUUUAUUUAUUCAAUUAUUAUUUAAUUUUUUGUUGCCUUUGCAUAAAUGAAUAAUAAUUUAAUUUGUUCAAAGAGUCCAGACAGAAAGAAAUGUUUUUACAUUUAAUAUAGACCUUGAUAUUGCUGUGAUCAUCCCAGUCUAGUGACCCACACUAAAUCUAGGGGAUAAAACCUAAGUCUGUUCUCUCCUAGUCUCAUGUCCCACACUAGUUGAAAGUCGAGUCGCUGUUUCUUUCCCCUUGUACAAAGUUAGACUAGUUCUCUUCCAUUCUACAUGUCAUAUGUGUGUUAAAGAUCCCUGUAUCAAAGUCAGACCACUCUGGAAAUGAUCACCUUAUGAAGAUGCUGCUUUUUUUGUUGUUGCGUGCCCCUGCAACUAAUCAGCAGGCACUUAUCCAUACCAGGUGGUGUCCUCUUGCAGAACAGAGAAGACAUUGACCUUUACCUUUUAACCCUUAUUUCUUGUGAUGCACCCGAACCAGUCUCUGAAACCAAGAUCACAUUGUCAAGUGUUACAACCGGCAUCUGUUGAAGAAAGGGAGACACUUGAGUCUCUACUAACACAUGUUAAGGUUACAACUGUCAACAUGUGAUCUUAUGUUGUUUUUUUUUUUUUUUAAAUAUCCAAAUUUUGCGGAUUUGUUUCCUAUUGUAAGAUUUCUGUCUUUUUUUUGCAAAAUGUUUUCAAGUGUAAAGUCAUGUGAUUGUCACAUUAAGAUGGCCUGAGUCAUAGGGCUGGGCUUACUCUGCUUGAGAGUCAAAAACAGAUAGUGAAAUUUUCAUCUUAUGCAAGCAGUAAUAUUCAAGUUUGGAGUCCUAUGAGGCCUGUUUGGGUAGGGUGGCAGUUUUUGUGUGAGAACCACUGGAUGAACUCCAGAACUGGUAACAAUGAAAUUUGUUAUUGUUUUGUUUUUUUAAAUCUUCCAUCUUGCGAGUCUCUGGGUUGAAUGUAUUGUUUCAUUUAAUUUAUUUUUUGUGUGACUGAAUGUGUUGCUGAUACAUGAAUGCUGUUGUGUGCUUGUGAUGUGUCUCUAGUCAAAUCAGAACUGUAUUUCAGGUAUUUAUUAUGUUUUGUAUUCACCUCAUUUGUGUUUCUUUCUGCUCAUGUAUUGCUUGUUUCUACUCUCAGGUCAUUGUACAAUAGGACACAGCAGAUCUCAUUAGUUUCAGUUUUCAACUUUGAAUUUUUGUUUUAGUUUAGAUUGAAGGAAGAUGUUCAUUAUUCAAAUAAACUUUCAAUUCCAGAUAAUUUAGAGUUUGAAUCUACAUAUUUCUAGUUAACUAGUGUUCAAACCACACAUUUCUAAUUUCUAGACAAUUAGAGUUCGAAUCUACAGAUUUUUAAAUAAUGAGAGUUUGAAUCCACAAAAUUUCUGGAUAAUGACAGUUUCAAUCCACACAUUUCUAAUUCAUGAGAGUUUAAAUCCACACUUUUGUAUUGGGAUAGUGGUUUUGUUUUUUUUGUGGUCUCCUGGAUUUCAGUUCAACUAGCCUGAUUCUCUGGACCAUAUUAUUUUCUUCCAUAGUGUGUCUGCUCCAGUUCUAAACUGAUAGAUGAUAUAGUGGUGGAUGUCUCAGCUACUGGUAAUAAGUGGUAUUUUGUUCAGUGUUUGACUCCUGCACAUUGUAGUGUUGAAUGUCACAAUUUUAUGAUAGCUGAAAGUAGAGACUUUAGUAGUCAUCAAAUGAUUAGAGUGACCUUUUCUUUGUAAUAGCUAUUUAUUGAACUCUUGUUUUUUUUUUUUUUUUUAAACUGUCCUAUCUUCUGGCAUUAUAUUCAUGUAAGUAUUGUGUACAGUCGACUGUGAUCACGGAUUUGUUUGUUUGACACCCUCAUCUCAUUUCUCCUGUGUUUCUCUUAUAAAGCAAGAAAAAUUUUGAUUGUUGAUUUUGAAAAUGUUGUUUGAAGGGAGACCUUUAUUGCAGAUUGAGUUUUAACAUUUUGUCAAACAUGCAACCUCUUGAAUAAGAGUUCUUAACCAUUUCUGUUGUCUUCAUUGAUGUCAUAAUUAGAGCUUAUAAACAUAAUAAGAAGAAAACAUUGGGAAAGGAUGAGCUGUUUCUUUCCAAAGAUUUCAAAUGUCCACUACUAGUGCUUUUAGAUAAAUCCUUGACCCCCCCACCCCAAACGGAUAUUCCUAGAUCCUGCAAUAUUUUCAGUGUAGAUCUUUGUUGCCAAGGUGGCCAAGUCUUCAGUGAACUUCUGUGACUUGACCAAGUGAACCAAUCUUCCAAUCCUAAUUGUAUGAUGCUCCUUUGUUUUCUUCCAUUCUUCCACACACACUGGUUUCUUCUCUGUUGGUGUCCAUACCAUGUGUCCUUUUAUUGACCACUGGCAUUGCCUGCACACCUUGCACCUUCAUUGUCCUGGUACACUCUGCCUCACCUCCCCUCUCCAACCUUAGUUGAUACAGUUUGUUUUGUCCACUUAGUUUUCUUUCUCCUGGAUAUUUUAUUUUUGAACUGAAUCUGUUAGCAGUUAUCUACUCUGUUUGAUCCAAUCACAUUUCAGCUUUUGGGGGGGGAAGGGGAAAUCAUUUUUCUCACUUUUGCUGACUUUUGAAACAAUUGUUUUCAAUUUGUUUCUUGUUACUGACAAUUUGUUUUGUUUUUUUAAUUCUCAAUGAAGUUGUUUAGUUUUUUUUUUUGUUUGUUUUUCAUUAAAUUUUUUAAGAAUUGGAAA